AUGUCUGGAGGUGUUUACCAACAUCAAUAUUGCGAAGCCGACUCCUAUCAGAAAGAAGUGAUUGAAGAACCAGGACGGCCAAGAGCAAGUUUGCAGGACGAUGAGUACGUCAACGGCUUCAAGCUCUAUGUUGUCGACGACGGGCUCAACAAGCAAAGAAAAACCGAGGUCUCCCAAAGGCGGUUUCCAGGAACUGCAAACAGUCAAGAAGAAGGUUACAGCGCCAACAGUAAGGGUUUCUGCGUUGACAAUGCACAUCCGCUUUUAUGUUAA